UUACCCCGUGUAGAGUCGAUUGGGGAUAAGCCUCCAUCUCUUAAGUCUGAACCCACAAACAAACCUUCUCAAUCCUUCCAUCAAUGGCUUCUUCAACUCUCGUCCCCAUUUCCUCUCUUUCCCUCCGCUCUUCUCCUUCCCACCGCCUCCCAAUUCCACUAUUCAAGCCUUUCACUGUCCUCCACUCCGCCGUAUCCGUUCCCCCAAUCUCUUCCUCUUCCUCCUCCUUCAUUCUCUCUGCAACUCCACCCAAAUCCUCCGACAUCGACACCACCUUCUUCGACAACGUCACUCCCCAAGAAGACGUCGUUUACGACCCCCCCGAAGUCCCCGAAGGCUUCGUUCCCCCUCCCUCCUUCGACGAAGGCCCUCCCGAAAGCGAGGACGAAAUUGCCGCCGCUUACGAGGAAAUCUAUGGCCCGGCUUACAGUGGAGUCAGUGUUCUCGGAAACGACAUUUAUGUAAUGGAUUCCAAGGUCAAGAAAGUGGGCGGAUUCGGCUCCAAGGCCAAGAAGGACAAGCCGCGAGACGGGUUCGAUGAGCGGGUUGUUCAGGUUCGGAGGGUUACUAAAGUGGUUAAAGGUGGGAAACAGUUGCAUUUUAGGGCAAUUGUUGUUGUGGGCGAUAAACAGGGCCAAGUGGGUGUUGGUGUUGGUAAAGCUAAGGAAGUCAUUGCCGCUGUUCAGAAAUCGGCGGUUAAUGCUCGCCGGAACAUUGUCACCGUUCCCAUGACUAAGUACCUAACAUUUCCCCACAGGUCGGAGGGAGAUUAUGGAGCAGCAAAAGUAAUGCUAAGACCUGCUUCUCCUGGUACUGGUGUGAUUGCUGGUGGAGCAGUGAGAAUUGUCCUCGAAAUGGCAGGUGUCGAGAAUGCGUUAGGGAAGCAACUUGGAAGUAACAAUGCCCUCAACAAUGCUAGGGCAACGGUGGUCGCCGUGCAGAAGAUGAAACAGUUUAGAGACGUCGCGCAGGAGCGUGGCAUCCCCAUGGAAGAGUUGUGGAAAUGAAGAGGGAAAGGGUGAGAUUUUUCUUGUCUCAUUUUUUGCUUUGACGUAUAUUAGUGCAAUCUAUUCUUGUAACUUAGUGUUGUAAAAACGACAGUGGGGCUUCAUUCCUUCGUUUCUUAUUUUAUCUCCUUACAACAUAUAUAAGUUGACAUAGCCUUGAAAAGCAAGUAUAUUUCUUUGUCUGUUGCUUCAUUCUGUAGAUGGGUUUUAUAACAAUGUUACGAUGUUGAAGAACAGUGUGUUAAGUUUUUAA